AUGGAUUCCUCCAAAGACCUCGCCUUCCCUCCUCCAGGCGAGGCUCCUCUUCAUCGCAACGCGCCCCUCGCCCCUACACAAGAACUAGCAUACCGCAAGAAAUGCAUUGAUCUUAGAAAACGGCUUGCCGAGAUCGAAGCAAACAAUGACGCGACGCGCAGGAGAAUCUUGCAGGAAAAUGAGCAUGUCCAGAAGAUGCGCCUCCUUCGUGCCAUUCUCCUCAACCAGUUGAAGGAGAUCAUGAGCACACCGGCCAAGCACCUGAGCGACGAACAACUCGAAAGAGUCCGCGCCAUGGCAGCCGGGAUGAAUACUUCCGUGGCCGAACAGCUUGGCCCUGCUGUGUCCCAGGACCUACAACCCAACUCCCUGGCCGACGGAGAAGGGCUCUUGGAUGACAGCUCAGAAGAGACGGUGGAGGAUGAACCCGAGCCUGCAGAGCGACCGGAAAGACGCAGACGGGUCAACAACACUUACCGCGAGACUAUUAUGAAUACAGACCCUCCCACCGAUUCCAUCUCAAGCGUGUAUCAACAAUCCAGCCUGCCAAACCUGGCUCCCGCAAAUUCUUCGUACUCUCCAGCCCCUCCCCCCAUCGAUCCGGCCGCCAUGACCUCUUCCUUCCGCAUCUCGUCUGCUACUCCCCAGGCCGUGGGGACCCCGGGGGCCCAGCCUCAGCUGGCGCCUGAACCGCGUUACGGCCAGUCCUCGCCUAUCGCGAUGAAUCAACACCUGGGCAUGCCGUAUCAUGGAUCGACGCAGCCAAGACCGCCAAGCUUGUCCUCCAACACUGUGGACUCUAACGGUGUUGGACGUGCCCCAACGGUGGCUACACGGCCAGAACGACCAGAAACCCCUUACAAUCAGUUCACCGCCCAUAUGCGGCCGCAGCUUGAAGCCGACAACUACCCCCAGGACCAAAUAGCAGCCCGUAUCAAGGCGGAGUGGGAGAACUUGAGCGCGGAAAAUCGGAAGCUGUGGGAUGACAGAUACGAAGACCAGAUGAGGGAGUACCAGGCCGCGAUGGACGCAUUCAAGAGAGCCUCGCGACGCGAAGCCUCAUCAGGCGGAUUUUCUGCCAUCAACUCUUAG